AUGAACACAGGGAUUAUUCAACCACAAUCAUCCCUCAACCUCAACCCAAGACAACCACAAUCAGCUCUCAACCUCAACCCAAGACAACCACAAUCAGCUCUCAACCUCAACCCAAGACAACCACAAUCAGCUCUCAACCUCAUUCCUAGACAACCACAAUCAUCCCUCAAUCCUAGACAACCACAAUCAUCACCCAACCUCAUUCCUAGACAACCGCAAUCAACUCUCAACCUCAAUCCUAGAGACAACCACAAUCAUCCUCAACCUCAUUCUAGACAACCACAAUCAUCCCUCAACCUCAUUCCUAGACAACCACAAUCAUCCCUCAACCUCAUUCCUAGACAACCACAAUCAUCCCUCAACCUCAUUCCUAGACAACCACAAUCAUCCCUCAACCUCAAUCCUAGACAACCACAAUCAUCACUCAACCUCAUUCCUAGACAACCACAAAUCAUCCCUGAGCAACCACAACCCUCAUUCCUAGACAACCACAAUCAUCCCUCAACCUCAUUCCUAGACAACCACAAUCAUCCUCAACCUCAUUCCUAG